UGCUACUACUUCUGCUACUGCGACUACUACUGCCACAGCUACUGCGACUAGUACUACUACUACUAGUACUACUGCUACUGCCACUGGUACUACUACUAGUACUACUACUGCUGCAGCAAGUAGUACCGCGACAACUGCCGCAGGGAGUACUGCAACAGCUGCUACUGCAACACCUACUGCUGCAGCAAGAAGUACUGCAAUAGCUACCACUGCAACAGCAACUGCUGCAGCAACCAGGACUGCGACAGGUACUACUGCAACAGCUACUACCGCAACAGCUACUACUGCAGCAGCUACUACUGCAGCAGCUGCUGCAGCAGCAACUACUACAACAGCGGCUACUUCAGCAGCUACCACUACAACAGCUGCUACUGCAGCAGCUACUGCUGCACCAAAUAGUAGUGCAGCAGCUACUACUGCAGCAGCUACUACAACAACGACUACUGCUGCAGCAGCUACUACCGCUGCAACAGGUAGAGCAGGAGCAGCAGCAGGAGCCGCAGCAGCAGCAGGAGCCGCAGCAGCAGCAGCAGUAGCAGCAACAGGAACAGCAGCAGCAACAGCAGCAGAAGGAGCAACAGCGACAGCAGCAGCAACGACAGGAGGAGCAGGAGCAGCGGCAGCAACAGAAGCAGCAACAGCCACAGCAGCAGAAGCAGCAACGGCAACUGCAGCAACAAGAGCGCCGGCCAGAAGAGCAGCAGCAAAAACAGCAGCAGCAGGAGCAGCGGCAGCAGGAGCAGCAGCA